AACUUUUUUUUUUGAGAAAUAACGAGAUUGUUGCAUUACAAAGACCGCCAAACGGCAUCUACAAAGAUAAUAAACAAUAAAAUUACAUCUGGAACGAAAGGAUCAGAGCAGACCCAUACACAGAGGCCGAAGGGAGGUGCACUUUGACACUCGAACAACCACUAAGGACCCGGUGACACCACCGCCUUUGGUCGAGCGAUCCAAACGGGACACCCUUCAAUCUACCCUUGGAGAAGUUGCGCCAGGCUCCAGGAUGCCGCGGCGGGAAACCGAGCGGCGGCGGCGGCGAUCACCCGGAAGCAGCAGCCGGUCGCGAUGGACGCCAGAUCUGGAACUCCCGCGAGCGCCGCCACAGAUCAGCCGGAAGAGGGGAGGGCCGCCGGAUCUGUACAAACACAACCAAGAAACAGCAAAACAACCAAGCAAACCCACCCAAAAACAGAAAAAGAAACUGAAAAAGCAAAAGCCACCAGAGGGGCCAACAAAACCGACAGGCCUCGAGGGCCAUCGGAGCACGGAGCACAGGGGCUCCACCAUGCUUGAGCAGCCGGGGGGCCCGACAGCUCAAGCAUCAAAACGCGGAAGCCUGAGGGCUUCCGACCAAAACAGAGGGUCGCCGAUAAGGGAGGUCAGGAGCACUGUCAUUAACUUUCACUAUUUGUGUCUUCUUGGCCAUUAAGUACCCUGCAACCUUUUUGUAAUAAAUUAAUAUAUAUUUG